GAUUACUUCAUUUCGCAAAAAAAAGUAUUGACAAAAUCAUGAGACCUAGGAAGGGAUCCAGAACGCGGAAGUCGACUAGGGGAAGGACAUGGCAAAAGGAGAUUGAAGACGAUGACAUCGGAUAUGCUGCAAAGCUCGGGACGAAGCUCUCAGAUCUCUCGAACUCUUCAGAAGAGGAGGUCGGUGCGAGCACCGCUGACGAAAGUACUGAUAGGUUUAUCUCUUUCGAAAGAGACCUUCGUCAGAAGCAUUCAAAAGCUUGCAAAGCUAUGUCGAAAGCUGUCUAUCACGUAGCUCUUGAAGAGUUCGAAUCAAUUCUUGCUGACCUUUUGUCUCGCUACGGUGAACGGCAUGAACGUGUCGGUGCCGCCUUGCACAACGUAGCAAUCGCCAAUCUCAGAGCCGGGAGUUUAGACGACGCGAUGGAUGCUAUUGAAGAGGCCAUUAAAAUUCGGUCUCGGGCUGUUGGUCGAUCACAUCCGAAAGUAGCAGAUUCCCUGGUGGAGCUGGGCAUUAUCUUGCUUUCCAUGGAAGAACACGACGACUCACUCAAAGUCUUCCAACGGGCAUUGAAGCUUCGGAAGGAAGAGCAGAAUGAUGUUCUGUCGGACGACGAUUUAGACGAAAGCAAUUUAAAGAUCGCCAAGGUUUUGAACAACAUUGGCUGUGUUAGUUUCGAAAAAGGAGAGCUGGUAGAAGCCAAGCAAUCAUUUGAACAAGCAAUAGUCCUCCAGAAAGGGGUCUUUCACAGCUGGUUCAACAUGCUUUGUGGAGCAGACUCCAACAGUCCUGGUAUUUUGACAAUGGCGUCAACAAUGUGCAACAAGGGCUACGUCGAAAUCGAGCAAGAGAACUAUCUUGAAGCAGUAAAAGUUUUCACGGAGUCAUUACAAAUUCAAAAAUCAGUUUUAGGAUCGGGCAAUAAGCUUGUACAAAGCUCACUCGACAACCUUGGCUACGCUUAUGUAAUGUUGAAUCAAAAUGAAAAGGCUUUGAAGGCCUACGGAGAAAUAUGGAACGCUCAGAGAUAUUCAAACGAUCCAAAAGAAGAGAAAGUUGAGACUCUACGAAAAGUCAUUGCGUCUUAUGGACAGCUGAAGGAUUGGGCAAACGUGUUUCCAGCUCUCGAAGCUCUUGAGGAUCUGUUGCUCGAUAUGGAUGACGAUAAAAAAGAGAUGACAAAGACAAGGAAACUGCUAGGCGAAGUCAACUAUCAGCUGUUGAAGCUGCCGUCGCUUUCGGGUGCGACAACGCGUGCCUUCGGUUGUGGUGUGUGUACUGGUCCUACUGAGGAGGAAGUGAACUUGGAUGAUUGGUUGAUAAGAAAGCCCGACAACACAAGCAAGAUGUCAGGACACCGAGUUACACAUGCCUGAAUCUUGAAAAGGUCCGCAUGCAGGCCUUUUAGACAC